AUGUGCCUUGUCUUCUUCAUUCAAUAUUUGGACAAGCAGUCGCUAGCGUACACCUCGGUCUACGGUCUCCUCGAAGAUCUAUCUCUCUCACCGACGCAGUAUUCAUGGCUUACCUCCGGCUUCUACCUGACUCAGCUCGUGGCUGAGGUACCCUUCAUCUAUAUCAUGAGCCGUCUACCGCUGGCUGCCACGAUUGGCGCCACCAUCAUCGCUUGGGGAAUCGCUUGUCUAGCCUUGGCUGCUCCACAGGACUUUACAAGCUUUCUCGCUGUUCGAUGUCUGCUUGGCCUUGCAGAAACCAUCAUCGCCCCGGCCUUCAUUACAUUGAUUUCGACGUGGUACACUAAAGAGGAGCAUCCGCUUCGGGUGGCCUCCUAUGUCUCCUGUAAUGGAAUUGCGCAAAUUGUCGGAUCCCUGAUGAUGUACGGUAUUGGCGAGCGCGCCUCCUCGUUUGGUGCCCUGGCUCCCUGGCGCGUCAUGUUCCUCAUCUGUGGCGGUAUCACGAUCGUCAUUGGCGUUCUGUUCCUGUGCGUUAUACCAGCAGGCCCUAACACCGCAUGGUUCUUGACACCGCACGAACGGAUCAUCGCUGCACGUCGAAUGAGUUCGUACCAAGAUGCUGGUGACAAAACAUAUUUCUCAUGGGCGCAAUUCCGUGAGGCCGCGGUUGAUGUGCAGACUCUCCACGGUUUCCUCUUCGGAGUACUGGUGACUAUGAGCGCUCCUGUGCUCACUUUUGCAACUCUGGUGAUCCGUAAUCUAGGUUACUCACCAGCACAGACUCUCUUAUACGGGGCUCCCUCCGGUGCAGUUCAAAUCGCGUUCAUCUGGGUCAGCGUCGGACUGUGUACAAUUCUGAAGCGACGUGCGUUAUCUAUCAUGCUGAUUGGACUGGUACCUUUGACUGGGUCGAUAUUGCUGUUUGUGCUGCCUGAUGAGAACAGCUGGGGCAUCAUUGUUGCCUCCUGGCUGGCCUCAAUCAAUAAUGCCACCAGCGUUAUAUUCAUGUCCAUGCUCGCCAGCAACGUCCGUGGAAAUACGAAAAAGUCCACAAUCAAUGCCAUGUUCAAUAUCGGCUACUGCGUCGGCUUCAUCGUUGGACCUCAACUUUGGACCGCGCCACCUCGCUAUCAAGGAGGCGUUAUCACUACAAUCGUCUGCUGGUUACUCACCAUCCUCGUACUUGUCCCAUGGUACUGGAUUAUCCUUUCUCGCCGCAAUUGUGCCAGAGAUCGCAAGUAUGGGCAACUUCAGGCUCAACCAAAUGACGACGGUUCCCUCUCGACAGCAGAUAUCUCCACGAGUCCAGCAAUUUCAGGCCUCGUCGACGCGACCGGAGCUGCUCGAGAAGGGCUGCUGGUUAACGACGAUCUCACGGACCGACAGAAUAAAGCAUUUCGAUAUACAACUUGA